GGUAAAACUUGUCAUGAUUCUCAAUUGGUUUUUACUACUCGGCCCUACGGCGAGGAAGACAAGAUAGCCCCUAAGGUAUCUUGGCUAACACAACGCAUUUCCACUAAGUUCGCCUUUGACUCAAAGUUUUAUGAAAGGUAAAAUGUGACUGGUUUUGAUGUGACUCCUAAGAAGACUGACUAAUUCGCUGCUCGAUUCCAGCUCGAGGAGCGUCAGGGCCCAGAGAAGGGAUGGAAAACUGCUGAUUCGGUGCAUUCUGGAAUCGUGGGACCAGCGCGGAUUGUUCUUGGUUCCCGCGGUCUUGCCACGUUAUCGGCACGUACUUUGGAGCUCAUAUUUCUAAAGUUCUCUGAUUCGUGCAAACCUAUGCUACUCUCUCUCUUACACUCACUGGUGGGUUCCCAUGGGAACAUUCCGUACAGGGACCGUUCUCAUGGACUUACAAUCCUAUGGUUAUUACUAUCUUAUUUCUAACUUAUACUAAGGAGGAGCUAGAUGCGCGUAAGACCUGAUCAUGAUUGAACCAUGUCGCUCGCAAAAGAAUAGGGCAGGGGCGUUUGGUGGAAUUUUAGGGGUGUAGUUGCGUCGGACGUAGCAUCUCCCUCCUUGGAUGGAACAUCGCCAGUAGGUGAUGCUUCCCUGCUUCCCUCGUUCCGUGAUCGUUGUUUUACUUUGCCGUGGUACUCGAGUUGUAUAGGGACAUACACGGUGGGUUGAUGGUGAUAUUAUAACAUUGGCCUAUCAUUGGUCCUACUGUUCCCUUGCUCCCCUCGUCUUCGAGAGAUUACACGCGUAAUCUCCGUUCUCGACGCUUAAUCGCAGGCACCACCGCGAAUGUUGAGCAUGCGUUCUCGGAAUUCAAUUGCUGACGUUGCAUUAUGACCCCGGUCCGUGCGGCGCCCUGAUCGUGAUCGUCAGUCAUGCCUAUGAUUUCCCUGAGAGAGUUGGCCCGCCGCGAAACUUCGCGGGAUUUCAUGCAGAAAAGGCGAACCCGGGUCGUUGGUCGAUCCCCGAUUGGGUCGAGGAGUUCCCGAGUAAUCCCGAGGGCGCCGAUGCAUUCGGGCUCUGGGGGUUUUUCGAGGCCCCCUGGCACGCGGGCGAGGACCGGGAGCAGUUGCUCUUCCUGUCAGUUGUCGGUGGGUGGAACUGGUGGGUGAAGGAGGCAGGAACUUCCCGGUGGGAGUAUAGGGGGUUCCUGGCCGAUCGCUGGGGAAAGCUGCCCCACCCCUUCCUCCCACUCUAACUAAAUAAUUAUUAGAAACAUUAUUCAUUAACAGCCUUGCUAUCCCAGGUGCAGGGUAAUUUCACAUCUGCACGUGGUGCUGCUUCAUUUACUAGUUUUAAGAUGGCAUCACAUAAAUCAGAAUUGUUUGUUGUUGAUAACUUUAUGGUGUUACGAUUAGAGGAUGAAGAGGAAAUGAAAAUCGAUCUAGAGUGGCUGCGUGAUCAUUGCAGGUGCAGUUUAUGCUUCAACACAAUGACACAUCAACGGAAACUGACUCUUCUGGAUUUUCCCUCAACUAUACGACCGGAUAGUUUCAAAGUUUCUAAUGGAAAACUCGAUGUUACAUGGAAUGACGGUCAUGACUCAACCUAUAAUAUUAACUGGCUCAAAAGAAAUAUCAGAUAUGAAGGUGAUGAUACAAUUGAUACACGAAUCCCAUGGACCAAUCCACCCAAUAUGGAAGUAAUUGACUACGAAAGCUUUAUGAAUGGUGAAAAUGGUGUAAUUGCCAUCUUGAAGUCUAUAUUACAGUUCGGAAUUGCAAUGAUUGUUGGAGCGAAACCUAAUCUGCAAGUGACUGAAGAAAUUAGCAAGAAGAUAGGACCUGUCCAAAAAACAUUAUUUGGAGAAAUGUGGGAACUUAAUCACGACCUUACUGCCGUAUCUCAUAAAGAUAGUGCUUAUACUCAUGACAGCCUUGAUGUCCACACUGAUAAUACUUAUUGGAGUGAUGCAGCCGGUUUGCAGAUAUUCCACUGUUACAAACCAGCUGAUAGUGGUGGAGAAACACUUUUAAUAGAUGGUUUAAAAAUUGUUGAGGAUUUGAAAGUAAAACAUCGAGCCUGUUACGAAAGGCUAUGUAAAACUCCUGUUUCAGCAACAUAUAUCGAGGAUGGACAAUGUCACGAACACGUCGAUCCAAUAAUUAAACUUCAUCCUGUUACAAAAAAACUUUUGCAAAUACGGUAAGGUUUUUAAGAUGACAUUGUGUCAAUACGAUCUUAAUAGUACUUUGCGAUACGAGUACGAGAAAGCGAACUUUAUAGGCAGACGGUGAGUGUAACAAACUUCACGACCUGCGUAUAAUGUUCGCUUUAUUGUACCAGUAUCGCAUAAUAUUUUCUGUAACGCAUGCAUUAAAAGUGUUACUUUUUGUGCCUCCAAAGUGACAGGCACAUCUCCUCAUUAGAGGAGGCAGCCACAAUGAAAGCAAGGAAGGCCUCCAAAGUGAAUGCAUGUCAUGACAGCGCUCGAAAAUAAAGUAAAAUUGGGCCGGUAUGCGCAUGCGCAGCAUUUUUAUCGCAUCUUUAGUUAUAAAGCGCCACUUACGCCACACUUUGGAGGCACGAAAAGUAACAUUUUUCAUGCAAGAGUUACAUUAAAUAAAUAUAGGUUUUUCACAAAGCCAUAUUCAAUACUAUGCACAUGCAUUCGCAAACGUUUCUUCUGUUUUCAUAGCUACGAUCAUUUCAAUUUUUUAAUUUUUGUACUGUACGUGUUCAACUAAAUCUUUUACCAGUUUUCUCUUAAUUCUUUUGUCUACUCUUUUACACUUGCAUAUGCGCUCUAGAAUUUCUUCUUUUUUUUUCCUUUCCACUUACUUUGGAAACUUUCUUUCCUAACUCCUACUAUCUGCCCUCCCGUUGCCCUACCUUUCUUACAUUUUCUCACUACCAAUUUCAUUACACCCACUUGCAGCCUU